AUGACAAAACAGAUAAAAGACCGAAAAAAAGAUGAAUCAUCAAAUGGUUCUUCUUUUUCAUAUGUAAUAUUACAAGAAAUUAGAUCAAUAGAAAAUAAUGAAUCAACUAUAUAUCAAGAUUUAUACAAUAAUACACUUGAAAAUAAUCACUGUGAUAGUAUUGGAAAAUUAUAUAUUAAUAAAUCUAUUGAAAAAAAUAAUGAAUUGUCUGAAGAAGGUGAUAGUAUGAUAAUAUCAUCAUUGACUACUAAUUUUACAAAUUUUGUUGAUACACUACCUGACAUGAAUCCAAUUUCAAAUCCCAAUAAUAUACAAUUACCAAAAAAGAUAAGUGAUGUAAGAAUGAGAAACAUUGAACAAAUGGUUCUUGAAAACAAUAAUAAAAUAAAGUUUACCCAAAAAUGUUUAUUAUUAUAUAAAAACAAAACAACAAAAGAUAAUAUUUUAAUCUCAAUAAUUUUUAUUAUAAUAAUAUUUAUAAUUACCUUUAUAUGUAUUCUUUUUCAUAUUUAA